UCUUGUGAGACCUCUCUGCUCGCACAUUCUGGGAAUGGACUUUGCCUUUGAGGGGCUCGGUCCUCACUUCUGGGCAAAUGCAGGGGGAGGAAGAAGAGGUGGAUGGAUUAUAAGAGUCUGACUUAGGGCAAAUGAACUGAAAAGGAGUUUCUAAUAGACAACUUUGUGUUCACAACGGUGUUUUCUUUUAAUUUGCUGGCAUAAGCACAGACCCCUGAGGGUGUUUCAGAUACAGAAGCAGGAUAUGCAGCAAGUGUCAGCGUGAGAUUUUUGCCCUUGGAGUGCUGAGUUGUGAACUUACAAGGAAGACUAUAAAGUUCUAAGUUGCCCUUCUUCAGGAGAAACUUUGGAUGUCUCUUUGCAUCAGCUGAACAUCCUUCACAAUAAGGAGAAGGAUGCGAAGACGGAGGCGAUAGUACCAGCUACUUGGGAUGAGCAGCAGCUUUGGAUCACUGUGCGUGGCUGGAGCACAAUAACAAACAGGAUGUUUUGGUGGGGGUUUUCUUCAUCUGAAACAGCACAGGGCUGUUAGUUUGGCUACAGUUAUUUUGGAUGAAGCACUGAAAACCAGACUGUUUCACACUUUAUUUUUUUUUUUUUUUAAUUUCAUCUGCUAAUCUGACCUGCUUACGUGAGAAGCUGUGCCUCCUUUGUUCAUACUAGCCACACUGAAAGCAGAUGGAAAGCUGUGGCAAGAUGUCCUGUCUGCUGAGUGUGGUAUGCUAGGAACUGAGAGGGUCUUGCAGCUUCAUGCAGAAACUAUCUUGGCAUUUUUAGUCCAUUAAGUACAACUGAUUUUUCUUUUCUCUUUCUAGUAAAACCAGGUAUUAGUUUCUGAGGAAAAGCACAGACAAUAAAAAUAACUUCACUGCACCCAUUUCCAGCUCUUUACAACUGCAUCCUUUUUAUAUCUUUUUGGGUAGCAUUUGAAUUUGAUGAAGAAAAUUUAUGUUCCAUUAACACUUAGAAGGAAAAUCACAGUAUCUUUCAGUACAUUGGAAGAGUGUAAUCUGGAAGAGCUGAUUUUUUAUUUCCUUUGGUGAAUAACUUGGUGAAGAUAAGAGAUACACAUCCAUGUCUCAACGACGCCUUUUAAGGGAAGGACAUGAAAGUCAUUUUAGGAUCCUACCAAGAUUCAUCCAAAUCCUUCAUGGUAGACGGCACUCACGAAAUAACCCACGCCAAAUAUGCUCUGAUGAAAUCAUGCAUCAGGAUAGCGUUCCCCUCUAUGCUGCAGAUAUUCAGGACCAGUUAAAGAAACAAUUUGCUUACUUGUCAGGCGGAAGAGGAGGAGAUGGAUGUCCUGUUAUCACCUUUCCAGACUAUCCAGCUUUCAGUGAGAUCCCAGAGAAGGAAUUCCAGAAUGUCCUGACCUACCUGACAAGCAUCCCAAGUUUGCGAGAUGCUGGAAUUGGAUUUAUUCUUGUCAUAGAUCGCAGACAGGACAAAUGGACUUCUGUGAAAGCUUCCAUACUGCGGAUAGCAGCAUCUUUCCCGGGAAAUCUGCAACUAGUCCUCGUUCUGCGCCCAACAGGAUUUUUUCAUCGAGCUCUCUCAGACAUUGCUUUCAAAUUCAACAAAGAUGAGUUUAAAAUGAAAGUACCUGUCAUAAUGCUGGGCUCAGUGUCAGAACUGCAGGGUUACAUUGAUAAAACACAAUUAACAGAAGAUCUUGGUGGCACCCUGGAUUAUUGCCAUAGCAGAUGGCUGUCCCGUCGCACUGCUAUAGAAGGUUUCGCCCAAAAGGUUAAGCAAACAGCUCAGAUUCUUCAGUCCUUUGGGACUGAACUGGCUGAAACAGAACUACCAAAUGAUGUGCAAUCAACCAGCUCCCUUCUUGCAACACAUAAAGAAAAGAAGGACAAAAUGAAGGAGGAUAUCAGGUUAGCAGUAGAACAGGGAGAUGAUAUCCUUGGAAGUAUUUCAAAACCAGUUACUGAGAAUCCUGAAUACAAACUGAAUCAAGAUCAGCUAGACAAUCAAACAACAGUAGAAAGGCUUCUGGCUCAAUUACAUGAAACGGAGACUGCCUUUGAUGAGUUUUGGAUUAAGCAUGAGCAAAAACUUGAGCAAUGUCUGCGCCUUCGGAAUUUUGAACAGAAUUUCAGAGAGGUCAAAGCAGCUUUGGAUAUUGUGUCCGAGAGACUGACUGCUUUCACAGAUGUGGGAAACAGCUGUUCACACGUGGAGCAUAUUUUGAAAGAUCUUGCCAACUUUGAAGAAAAGUCAUGUGAAACUAUAGCAAAAGCCAGAAUGCUAGCCUCAGAGGGUGAUGCUUUUAUUCAAAGCAAUCAUUAUGCUGUGGACUCCAUUAUUCCAAAAUGCAGUGAACUUCAUCAUCUCUGUGAUGCCUUCAUUACUGAGACAGAACGCAGAAGGAAUCUUCUUAACAAAUCUCUAGAACUGCAUGGCUUACUAGAAAAGUCUAUGAAGUGGUGCGAUGAAGGAAUUUAUCUGCUGGCUUCACAGCCGGUGGAUAAGUGUCAGUCUCAGGAUGGUGCAGAAUCAGCAUUACAGGAGAUCGAGAAAUUCCUGGACACUGGUGCAGACAAUAAAAUCAAGGAGUUGAAUAAAAUUUACAGAGAGUAUGCACAGCUCCUCACUGAGGACCUAAAGGAGCAUGUGCAAAAGGUUUUCCAGAAGCAAGAAAGUAUGGAAGAAAUGUUUCAAAAGAGACAAGUAAGUCUUAAGAAAUUGGCAGCUAAGCAGACACGUCCUGUUCAGCCAGUUGCACCAAGACCUGAAGCCUUUGUAAAAUCUCCUUAUACUUCUCCAGGUCUUCAAAGAGAAUACAUAUCCAACUCAGAAAGCAGUGCACUUCAGAGGGUAAACUACAGAAGAGGAAAGAGUGAAAUGACUGAACUCCAUCAAAGCAGAGGAGGAUCUACAAUGGAUGAUGAAGAAAACCUAGCUGUGUUACGGCAGCAUGUAAUGAAUGAACUUAUUGAGACUGAACGUGCAUAUGUGGAAGAACUUCUCUGUGUUCUUGAGGGUUAUGCUGCAGAGAUGGACAACCCCUUAAUGGCUCACCUCAUUUCACCAGAACUCCAAAAUAAGAAGGAUAUCUUGUUUGGGAAUAUGGAAGAAAUUUAUCAUUUUCACAACAGAAUAUUCCUGAGAGAACUAGAAAACUACGUAGAAUACCCAGAACUAGUAGGACGGUGCUUUUUGGAUCAGAUGGAAGAUUUCCAGAUUUAUGAAAAAUACUGUCAAAAUAAACCUCGAUCUGAAAGCUUGUGGAGGCAGUUUUCAGAUUCUGUAUUCUUUCAGGAAUGUCAAAGGAAACUCGAUCACAAGCUCAGUUUGGACUCAUACUUGCUGAAACCUGUUCAAAGAAUAACCAAAUACCAAUUAUUGCUAAAGGAAAUGCUGAAGUACAGUAAGAACUGUGAAGGGGCUGAGGAUCUUCAGGAAGCAUUAACCUCUAUACUGGGUAUUCUCAAGGCAGUUAAUGAUUCUAUGCACCAGAUAGCCAUUACAGGCUAUGAUGGAAACCUGAAUGAGCUGGGCAAGCUUUUAAUGCAGGGAUCCUUCAAUGUCUGGACUGAUCAUAAAAAGGGUCACUCGAAGGUGAAAGAUUUGGCACGCUUCAAGCCAAUGCAGCGACACCUCUUCCUACAUGAGAAAGCAGUGCUGUUCUGUAAAAAGCGAGAAGAAAAUGGAGAGGGAUAUGAGAAAGCACCUUCUUAUAGCUACAAACACUCCUUAAAUAUGGCAGCAGUUGGAAUAACAGAAAAUGUCAAAGGUGAUGCAAAAAAAUUUGAGAUCUGGUAUAAUGCAAGGGAAGAAGUUUACAUUAUACAGGCUCCAACCCCUGAAGUUAAAGCUACUUGGGUAAAUGAAAUAAGAAAAGUGCUGACGAGUCAACUGCAGGCAUGCAGAGAAGCUAGUCAGCACAGGACACUAGAACAAACACAGAGCUUACCUCUUCCAACAUCAUCUUGUACCAGUCCUUCACGGAACCACAUCAGAAACACCAAAAAAAUGGAGGAGAGAAAAGCUGAUCUUGCAAGUCUAGAAGGUUAUGGCACCACAGUAGCACCAAAGUACCCUGAAAAAGGCAAAGAUGACACUAGCUCUACCUCAGAAUGCUCUGUACUGUCAAAAAAGCGCUUUACGCUGCAUAGCUUUACUAACCUCAAAAAUCAGAAAGAAACUCCAUCUCCUUCUGCUAAAAGCCAGAUAUUGCCAAUGAUCCUUCUUACAGGACCAGCUUCUCCUACCAGUCCUGACAAAAAAGCUAAACGGCAUGAAGUAGUGAGUGACCCAACUCCUUUUGGUUUAAGAGAUGGAAGUUCAUUCUUAACCCUGGACAGGGCCAAAUGGGUCAGUACUUCUAACCUUGUGCAGGUCAUCCAGCGCAGGCGAGGCUGGGCAAAAACGUCUCAUUCUCUUGAUGCAUCUGAAGAAAAUGAUGGCUGGUCUAGUGCUGAAGAUCCGCUGAAUUCAUCGGAUGCGGAGGAAGAAGGGGGAGGAAGGGGAGGCGAGAUGAAGCUGACUCCCGGUAAAUAUACAGUUGUGACUGAUUAUGAGAAAGGAGUUUCUGAAGAAUUUACAGUGAAAAGUGGAGAUCUAGUUCAACUGAUUCGUGAAGGGGAGGAUGGACUUUGGUAUGUAAAGAACCUGAGCACUGGUAGAGAAGGUUGGAUCCCAGCAAACAAUCUGCUGAUACUCAUAGGCAAUUCGAAAUCAGCUCAAUCUUUAAGCAGCUCUGAAUCAGGCACUGCCUCCAGCACUUUGAGCACAUCGUCAAGUUGCAGUGAUAGCUGCAAUGCCAGCAGCACCAGCUUCUCAGACAUUAAGGGCUAACACUAAAUUUUCACCCCACCUCCACGGAAGGUAAAUCCCGGAGUUGGUCAUUUUGUGCAGAGUUCUGGACAUUGGACUCCAACGGAGAACCACCAGUUCUGUGUUGCCAGCCAUGCGUAUUUUCAGUGAUUUUUACAGGUUCUCCCAGAAGAUCCCAACGAAAAGUGCAUGGAAUGUGAAGUUGUAAAUAAAAGUUGAAUGAUUUGAAAUAGGGUCUUGUAGAGGCUUCUGCUCUGAAGUUUGAAGCUGCAGAGCUGUAGGCAUAGAACACAUUUUCUCAUUGAUACACAAUCAGGUUUCUGCAGAACUGUAUCAUUUCGUAACAGCCAGAAUCUGAAUGUGAGCAAACAAAAUGUGGUCAGUGCUAAAUCCUCUUUGUAAACUAAUAACAUAGCAAUCACUGUACAGGAGUAGGUAUGAGGAUAAUAAAUCAGAGUUUACAAUUUCUUCUCCCAAAAAACCUCUUUUCUCCAAGGAUGUACCUCAGUGCAGUGAAUGGGACUCUUACAGCAACCAGGAAGGAGGUUUGAUCCAGCCAUUUUUCUUCUUAUGGGUCUUCAGGACAUUCUUCUGCUCCCUAGAGACUGGGAUGCAGACAUGACCAAUUCACUGACCACAGCAGCAUCAAAAGAAACUAUUGUUUUGUCCUUUCCAACCUUUUUAUGUGUGCAAUGCAAUAGCUGUUUUCUGAGGUAUUUUGGCCUCACAACCAAAUUAUUCACCAAGAUCACUGUGUUUACAUAGCCUUGGCAAUUUAGUAGUAUCUUUUUCCUUAUGCAGGUACACAAUGAAACACAAAUGUUCUUAUUCACUAAAUGAUUUCUUAAUAAAUGGAAAUGGCAUGGUUACCUUCAGCUCUCACAAUUAACAUGCAGUUACAGGCGGAGGAAACUUGUGGCUGCACUAUGGGUCAAGAGCCGUCCUUCAGACAAACCUAUGAGGGCUAGAAAUCAGACUAUUUUUAGUCGGUAGUGUUUGUUGCAGAUUUAUUCAAAGAGAAAAAAAUAAUGACAUAAUUUUUCUAUAAAAGGGAAGCAGGGGAGAAUAAAGAUCUUUAUUAGAGAAGAGUCAGAUUCAUGCUACAGGCAAGUAUUUUAAAUUUUUUUAAAGGAAAGGUAAUGCUAAACUUGCCCUUUUUCAAGGUAUGAUGUAAGCCAAUGUUGUAGAUUUUCACAUUCUCAAAUGUUCUUUGCAUGUCAUCCUUACAAACAGUCCAAACUCUGUGCAUGUAUGGAAUAUUGUAUUCAUUCCUGUCCACCUCUCAAAUAUUUUUACUUAUAUGAAAAUAGGGUUUUAACUGAUUCAUGUAUCAUAUCACUUAAAAAUAAUGCGGAUGUUAAGAGCCUAAUUUUUCAGAAGCACUAAGCACAGCAGUCAUGUCAGUUAUGUCAACAGGAACUGCUGUUUAAUCAUCAGAUCCUCUGAUGGCUGAGCCCUGAAGUCUAUCUUUAUGCCAGAAUUCUAUAUUUUUGAGACUGCAGCUUAGGAAAAUUAAAUGGCAAAUAUUCUAAAGAUUUAUCUUACUCCUUGGUUGCAAAAGCAACCCUACUGCAGAUGCAAUCAAAAUGCAGCUGACCAUGGUCAGUACAAAUUGAAACAUAUAUAUACACACACAUAUAUUUAUGCACAUAUAUAUGUGCAUGUAUGUGCUUGUGUGUGUAUAUGUGUGUGUAGAUAUGUAUAUGUGUGUAGAUAUAAUGUAUCAAUGUAAAAGUUGUAUUUAUAGUCUUCAUGCUGCUGAAUGUGUCACUUUACAAUUCCAUAAAUACUUAGGUUUCUUGCAAUACUGCAAUAUAAAGUUUGAUCAGGGUUUUACUUCAGGCAUCUUUUCCAAUGCAGAAAUCCUCUGAUCUUUUUUUAAUUAUCCCAUAUAAUACUGUGCUGACCAGGAAUAUUUAGUCUGAUAUUUAACAACGGAAUGGCAACAUAAGAUUCAGCUUAUCUUCAUCUAUAUAAGUUAUUUUGUAAAUUAUCUGUAACAUAAUUUACUUAUAUAUUGCUGUCAUUGCCAGGAUGAGACUGUCCUUUCAUUUGUCACUGCAGCCUCAUUUGUGUUAUUUCAGCGGUUUUCUCCACAUCAUAGCACUUUAAUACAACCCAUUUCACCAUUUCCUUUUUUACUGCUGUUGUGAAUUAGAAGUACAAAGUCAGAGGUCCUAUUGUAAUUAAUUUGAAUAAAUUUCAGCGCUUCUUGCUGAAUGCCUUUA